UGUGUUUCAAUUAACUACAGUUGUGGUGAUAACUAAUAUAUAUAUAGUAAGAAUUGAAGGAAAAAAAGGCAACAUGACUAAAACCAAAAAGUCUAACGGCAGUACGAGAAACGAAGGAAGGGUUCUUAACUUCGACCAUCUGGUAUUCUGGGUUGGCAAUGCCAAUGCGAUAGCAAGUUACUUCGUGACGCGACUGGGUUUUAGUCCGUUGGCAGUUCGAGAGGCGACGGCGGAGAGGCAGGUGGUGUCUCAUGCGGUCCGGCAAGAUCUGAUAACCCUUGUCUUCGAAUCGCCCACCACAUCAGAUAGUGACGUAGCCCAGGAUAUAGCGGCUCACGGCGACUUUGUUAAGGAUGUGGCGUUUGAGGUCAAUGAUCUAGAGGCGCUGGUGCGGAAGGCGCGGGAGGGGGGCGCUGAGGUCGUCAAGGGAGUGACUGAGGAGGCUGACGAGGGCGGUUCUGUCAGAUACGCCGUUUUGAGAACUUACGGUGACAACACGCAUACCCUCAUCGACCGUACCAAAUAUUCAGGGAUAUUUCUGCCUGGAUUCAAAGCGGUGGAUCGAGACGCUAUCAAUAAAUUAUUGCCCCCCACAAACCUGAGGUUCAUCGACCACGUGGAAGGAAACAUGGCAGACGGUACACUAGAGGAGUCUGUCUCCUGGUAUGAGAAGAAUCUCAAUAUGCAGAGAUUUUGGUGCGUGGACUACAAACACGAUCUGGUACCUUGGAGUAGCAUCAACUCCAACUCUGUCAUCAACUCCGAUGAGACAGUCCUUUUAUCAAUGAACGAAGCAGCGAAGGGUAUAAGGCAGACGAGCAAAGCCAGUGAGUUCGUGAAGGCUCUGGGCACGUCCGGGGUCGAGCAUAUAGCGCUGUACACUGACGACAUCGUUGCUACGAUGAAAAACCUCAAAGCCCGUGGUGCAGACAUCUUGACCUGGCCGUCCACCUACUACGACUUAAUCCGAGAAAAGCUUCAGUCUUCUUCGUUGAAGGUCAGCGAGGGGAUCGACGAACUGCAAGAGAACCACAUCCUGAUAGACUUCGAUGAGAGAGGAUACAUGAUGCAGGCUUUCACGAAGCAUGUGCAGGCCAGGCCUACGGUAUUCAUCGAGAUAUUACAGAGGAAGAACCAUAGAGGUUUCGGCGCCAUGAACUACAAGUGGGUUUUUGAAGCUAUAGAGCGCUUGGAGUCUUCAAUUGAUAAGGAAGAAAAGAAAGAAGAAGAAAAAAAGAAGUUUUGCCGAAACCCGAAGCUUAACUCAAUAAAAAGAUCUAAUUAAUAUUGACAUGGUUCAUUUUUAAAUUUCUGUAAUUGUUAAAGGUAAAUGUUAUCGAAAAGUGUAUGCUAAUAAUUAUAAUAUACAUAUA